AUGAUGACGACGCGCCAAUCAAGCAGCCUGCUGUUGCAAGCGAUGUGGUGCUCCUUUGAGGACCCGACGUCCGUGUUCAUCGUAAUGCCUUUGCAGCGCUGCAGCUUAAGGGACAGACUAGCGAUGUCUAAGGACACGCCGAUCACUCCUGGCGAUCAAAUUCUAUACAUGGCCGAGAUGGUGCAAGCGCUCGAAGACCUACACGCUCUCAAUAUCGUUCACCGCGACCUCAAACCGGACAACUUCCUCCUCAACAAGAAGGGGCACGUCGUGCUCUCUGACUUCGGCGUCGCACAUCAGUUCGGACACUCGCAUCGCUCCAUGUGGAAGCUCGGCGGGGCAGCGGGGGACUUCUAUUACAUGGCCCCGGAGAUGCAUCCUAUUUCUCCUCCCGGAGAUCCUGUUGUGAAAUUUGGAAGCUACGACGAGCGCGCCGACAUCUGGAGCCUGGGCUUGACCUUUUUACAGAUGGCUCUUGGGCUUAAGAAGAACUUCUUUAUCGCGAUCAUGGAGCAGGAUGGCGGAUCUAGGCAUGUUGAGGGGCCUCCUUCGUUCGAGGCCAUCCAAGGUGCACUCUGUGGAUUACAAGACUCCUAUCUGCAUAAUCUGCUCGUUUGGAUGCUGCGAAAGGAUCCUGAGAGCCGUCCGUCCCUGACAAAGGUCAAACACCACGAUUAUUUCCAUAAUGUUAACUGGGAACAGGUCAAGUCUCAUUCGUUCGGAGAUCGUGAGUCGUUAUCCAUGAAUACCUCAUUCGAUCGUUGGCGGAUGGACUGACCUCUUUCCUGCCUUUUCCGGUCGCAGCGUCGUUCAAGCCCGUCCUACAGUUCGAAACCAC